AUAUCGAUCUGAUUAUAAUAUAGUACGUGGUGCACAGAAAAUUACUCGUUAGGCCACACAGGCCACACUGUGACUCGGCCAGAUAUGCUUCAAAAUUAGACCUGCGGAUCCGCCCACACACCAAGAGCAACGCCGUAUCUAACCUGAAAAAAAAGGAAAAUCUAAUUAAGGACGGCUUAGACGGCCGCGGACAGUAUUACUGCUUCUUCUGGUUACGAUCUGCAGCACCUUCUACUGCGGAGCAGCGGCAGUGGAAGACGUUGUCGUUGUUAUUGUAAUUUCCGAGAUGGCGUCGAAGCAAAUGGAGGAGAUCCAGAGGAAGCUGGCCGUCCUCAACUACCCCCGCGCCAACGCCCCCGCCCAGUCUCUCCUCUUCGCCGGCGUCGAGAGAUACGCCCUCCUUGAAUGGCUCUUCUUCCGGCUCCUAGGUGACAGAUCACCCUUCACUCAACAGAAUUGGCAAGGGGAUAGCAUGGAUCGUGAUGAGGAGAAUACUCGAAUCCAACACUUGGCUGAGAUAGCAAGCUUCUUGGGUAUUACAUCUUCAGUUGACACAGAGGCAAUCCAAGGAAGAGGCAAUUAUGAAGAUCGUGUAGAAAUGCUUCAUCUUAUUGUAGAUCUUGUGGAAGCAAGCUGUUAUGCUGACAAUCCAGAAUGGAGCGUUGAUGAGCAGUUGGCGAAGGAUGUACAGUUGGUAGAUUCCAUUGCUGAGAAGCAGGCUCAAGUUUUCUCAGAAGAAUGCAAACUGUUUCCAGCAGAUGUCCAGAUUCAGUCGAUUUACCCCCUACCAGAUAUAUCUGAGCUGGAGUUGAAGCUAGCCGAGCAUACAAAGAAAUUGGCAAAUUUACAGCAGAUGGUCCAGGAGUUGGCAUCUAAGUAUGAUUACAAUCCUAAUGAGGAGUAUGCGGAAACAGAGUUGAAAUUGAGGGAACAGUUGGAGUCGUUUCUGGAAACUGUGAGGUCCUUCAACUUGAUUUACACAAAGGAAAUUCGCCCCUGGACACACAUGAUGGAGGUCCCACAGUUGCAUGGGUUUGGGCCAGCUGCUAAUCGCUUACUGGAGGCUUAUAACACACUUUUAAAGUUUUUGGGAAACUUGCGAAGUCUGCGAGAUUCUUAUGCAGCCAUGGCUGUUGGGUCGGUGUCAACAACAGAUGAGCCUUCUUCUGUCACAAAAAUAAUCAUGGAUUGUGAAUCAGCUCUGACAUUUUUGAAUCGCAGUCUUGCCAUCCUCUCGACUUCUGUGGCUCGAGAGCAAGGAGAUCUCAAUCGACAACAGAAUAAGGUGAAAGGAAAGUUCAGGCUCCCAUUGGAGGGCAAGAAACGAGUCUUUGUUGACUCAAAGGUAAAAGUCAGAUGAUGACAAUGAUGAAGCAAAUUUCGCUUGUGACUCGGUACUACAUAUAGCCUUAAGUGAAGACAGUAACGGAAACUGGAGGCCUCAAGCUUGUGGAAGGUUAAAAUAUAGGGUAAAGAGCAAAGGUAGAAAAAUCAUCUUUUUUUUUUGCCUUAAAGUUCAUUGCAAGGCAUAGAUUUCAAAAGAGCAUAUAUUGUAACCAAAAAAAAAAAAAAAAGCAAAAGAGCAUAUAUCCGUAACACACUGGCCAGUGGCUGCAGGCUUGCCAGAGGUGUCAUCAGCAGGUGGCUAUAAGCCAUCGCUGUCAAGGUUGUACAUAAUCUGCAAAUAAAUCUCAAUUGAUUUGAUAAAUAGAAAAUAAUGUGGAGAAUCAUUUGGUCAA